AGUCGAAAGGACUAUAUAAGGAAGGUAUAUAAGGUCCUUCGAAGACUGAGAGAUAUAGGCCUUAACCUAGACCUUAAGAAAUAUAUGUUUAUAGUGAAAGAAGUUAAAUACCUAGAGUAUAUUAUAGAGGUAGGAGUCUAUAUCCGUCUUAACCCUAAGAAGAUCAAAGCUAUCUAUAAAUAG